UCUCAUGAUCACGGCAGCCAUUUUAAGAGUUUUACCACACCCUGUUAAAGAAACCAAGGGUUUAGGGAUAAAAUUCAUGCAAUUAGGGUCUGUGAAAUACAGCCCUGUUGCAGAAUUCAGCACGCUUGGAAACUAAAUGGAACUUGAAAAUAUUGUCGCUAAUACUGUUUAUUUGAAAGCACGCGAAGGUGGUGGUGGUAAAAGAAAAGGAAAAAGUAAAAAAUGGAAGCAGAUACUUUCAUUUCCUCACAUAUCUCAAUGUGCAGAUAUACGAAACAAAAUCAAUCAAGACUUUAACUAUAUAUUUGAUCAGCAACCAUUGGGUCGACAUUUAUUUAUAGAGUUUUGCAAUACAAAGGAACCAUAUCAACGUUCAAUUGGUUUUUUGAAUGUAGUGCAAGAAUAUGAAAUUACCCCAGAAGAGAAAAGGCAUGUCAAGGCUGAGGAAAUUGUGGAAAAGUUUCUUAGACCAGAGUCUGAAAACUAUGUUACUCAUGUAAAUGGCAACCAGAUCUCAGAGAUAAAGGAUAUUAUGGGUCAGAAAAAGUCCUGUAAGGCACUUUUUGAUGAUUGUUGCAAAUUGGUUAGAGAAUAUUUAAGCAAAGAACCCUUUAAUGACUUUCUAGAAAGUAUGUACUUUAAAAGAUUUAUGCAGUGGAAAUGGUUAGAAAGCCAACCAGUAACAAAAAAUACAUUUAGAAUGUAUCGUGUGCUAGGAAAAGGUGGAUUUGGUGAAGUGUGUGCUUGUCAAGUACGCGCAACUGGGAAAAUGUAUGCUUGUAAAAAAUUGGAAAAGAAAAGAAUAAAGAAAAGAAAAGGCGAAGCUAUGGCAUUAAAUGAAAAAUUGAUAUUGCAGAAAAUAAACUCAAAAUUUGUUGUUAGCUUAGCCUAUGCAUUUGAGACAAAGGAUGCGCUCUGUUUGGUUUUAACUAUAAUGAAUGGAGGCGAUCUAAAAUUUCACAUUCACAACAUGGGAAAUCCUGGUUUUCCUGAAGAACGUGCAGUGUUCUAUGCAGCUGAGAUAACUUGUGGUUUGAACGACUUGCAUAAAGAAAGAAUUGUUUAUAGAGAUUUGAAACCAGAAAAUAUUUUAUUAGAUGACAAUGGCCAUGUGAGAAUCUCAGAUUUGGGUUUAGCUGUUGAAAUCCCUGAAGGUGAAUCUAUUCGUGGACGAGUGGGUACAGUAGGCUAUAUGGCUCCUGAGGUUGUAAAAAAUGAAAGAUACACCUACAGCCCUGACUGGUGGGGCCUGGGAUGUAUAGUGUAUGAGAUGAUAGAAGGGAAGGCACCAUUUCGUGCUCGCAAAGAGAAAGUAAAAAGAGAUGAAGUUGAUAGGCGAGUUAAGGAAGAUCAAGAAGUAUACUCAUCAAAAUUUAGUGAAGAAUGUAGAAGCAUAUGCACAGAUCUUUUACAAAAAUCCCCUUCAAACCGACUAGGCUGUGGAGAUGAAGGUGGGGAGGAAGUAAAAUCUCAUCCAUUUUUUAGAAAUAUAAACUUUAAAAGGUUAGAAGCUGGAAUGGUGGAUCCACCUUUUGUACCAGAUCCAAGAGCAGUGUAUUGCAAAGAUGUGUUAGAUAUUGAGCAGUUCUCCACUGUGAAAGGUGUCAAUCUAGAUGCCAGUGAUGACUCAUUUUAUAGUAAAUUCAAUACAGGCAGCGUAUCCAUACCCUGGCAGAACGAGAUGCUGGAGACAGAAUGCUACAAAGAAUUAAAUGUGUUUGGACCCAAUGGUGAGCCCACACCGGAUCUGAUUGAAGGUUUACCACCAACACCACCUCAAAGAAGUCUCUUUGAUAAACUUUUCAGGAGGAGGCGGCAUGAUGAAAAUCGUGUGUAAUGAUUGGACUUGAGACAGGAAACCUCAACUCUUGUACGGGUGAUUGGUGUGGAGAUGUAAAAUUCAAACUAUUUUUACACUCAUCUGUUACAUGGAUUAAACUACAGAAGGGCAUUUGGUUGACUCUAUUCAUAGUCAUCACAGCAGUUCAAUAAAUGAAUGAGGCAACUGAUACUUCUUUUAUUCAAAUCUUCUUAAUAAGAUAAAGACAAGAAUUGUUUCAAGUUUAUUCACAUAACCUUCCUAAAGAAUGGAUUAGAAUUUUAAGGACAACAUGAAUGGAUCAUGUGUUGUUGGCUUGACCCAAUACUAUAUGGAUCAAGUUUCUUACAGCUGAAGGAAGAAAUCAAGUAAGAGUGGCUAAAUGUUGUCAUUUUCUCUGUUUCAUAAUGACAGUACACGGCUGGUCAUUUGAAUGGUUUGUUUUUUAAAUAGUUUGUUUUUGUCAACAAGGGAGUAAUUUAAUGAAAUGUGUUGGUGAGAUAGUCAUCUGGAUCAAAAAUUUAAAAAAAAAUACUGGUUUCAUAUGUUUGGUGUUGUUCAUAAUAACAUUCAGCACUUGUUUGUCAACUAGCAAUUUAUUUUUAUUUUUUUGCUGUUGUUGUAUUUCCAAACCUGUGUUUUGUACAAAGUAUCACUUUUUAAUUCUGGAAGGAAUGUUAUUAUUACGAUAACCUCAUCUCUUUAAACAUACAUAAUUAUUAUUUUUAAAUUAACAGUUUUACAUGGCAGUUUCCUUUUUAAAGUGUGAUUUGAGUGUGUUGAUAGCAUUUAUCUUAUUUCCAGCAUUGUCAUAUGAAUCAAAACAGAACAAAAUGUUAUGUAGUGAUGUAAUAACGAUUGAACUAACCUAGUUCCACAAGAUAGUUUAUUAUCAGUGUGAAAUAACAGACUUGAACCUAUUGUUACAGUGAUCUCAAAGAUAAACUAGUUAUAGCUUGUUGUUUAGCUUGAAGGCAAACAACGAGAACAAACAUUUUUCAACUUGGCUUUAGCUUAUUCUGUUACAGACAAUCUAAGUCGUGCAGUCAUUUCCUAGUAAGGGCCUGUUCAUAAGAGUCCAACUUUUCCAUCCACAUGCUUGAGAAAUCCAAUUCUUAAAGCAGCAUUAAAAAUACUAGUGGUAACAUUCUACAGUUUCAGAAGAUUUCUACUUGGACAAAGUGAUAUGAUUUGAGAUGAUGUGGAUAGCAUAACUUUGUUGUCAGCUAUUUCAAAGGUUGUGUUAGUACUUGCUCAUUUUUUAUGUUCAACUUGUUGAUAGAAGUGUUGAUUCUAUUCUUCUUGAACCACUUUAUUUUAGACUAGAGAUGUGCAGAUUGCUAAAUUAAUGAUUCACUUGUCCAUUUUAUUCCCAUAUAGAGGUCAUUAAAUUUCACUUACAUUUCAAGUCAAUAAUAAAAACUUUGUAUUCAUGCCUCACUCUCCAACUAAUUAAGAAUAGCUUCUCUAAACAUAACAGUUUAAUGUAUACUAUGUAUACAAGCUAGCGUUUGGCUGUAUAGUUAGUGGCUAGAAAUUACUGAUAUUGUCUGUCAGCUGGGUCUCUAUUUGAGCAGUACAGGAUUUUUAAAAUGCCAUUUUUGGUUCAUUAGUUGCUAAAUCAAAGCUUGAGUUGCUAUCAUAGUGAAGCAACAUAUCUAAUGUUGCUGUCUUUAUGGUCAGUGUUAUAAAGGGAUGGCGAGCAAAUAAAUAUAUUUUUAAAAAGUGAGCUAUCUGAUGUAGUAAUGGUGUAAAGAGUUAUUUAUCCAGUAAGUACUAACUGUUGAAAACAUGUAGUGUUGCUGGCAUGACAUACAGAGGGUUAAGGCUGGAACUUUCCCCAUCAAGUGCAAUGGGUUAGUUGUAUAUUUUAUUUUCAUUUACAACUUUAUCAUAUUCUAAUAGCAUUGUCAAACAGAGUCGCUCUUUUCUCAUUCUACAGUAAAAAGAAAUUUUUUAUUGGAUUACCUACUAACAGCAUUGUUGCAUAAGGCUUUUAAAACAGUCAUUAAAUAUGUUUCAUUUGUGUGUUUUAGUAAGUAUAUAUUUUGCUGAUAAAUAUGUGCUGUACAUUUAGUUAACAUUUUUUUUUGCUGAUUUACCAAACAUUUUGUGGAAAGUAUAUUUGACUUAUUGUUGAUGUAACAUACUUUUUGCUGGAGUUACUUUAGGGCAAGAUAUUUUUUUUGCUGUGAAAGCUAGUCAUUUAAAUUAUACACAAUUAAAAGAAAUGUAUCUUGUAUUGUACAAAAGGGAAGUGAAGCAUUGGUAGAUAGUGCUAACUGCUACUUAAAGAUUUUUGUUCUAAACAUCAUUUGGUUCUCAGUUACAAAAAUUUAAGUCAUGACUUUUGUUUGACCAAAUUAUCCUAACUGUUGUAAAGGCUUUAGAAACUAAGCAUUUAAAAUAUCUGCUGUACUGAGUUGCUUCCCAUAUGAUACUGCAUUUAAAAAAACUGGCACCCCCACCACUUACAGCUUUACUGUGACACUAAACUUUUAAGUACACAAGGUAUGUAAGGAGUACAUGCACAACUUAAAGUGACACACAACUUUUAGCUACACUAGGUAUGUAAGGGGUAGGCCUACAUGCACCACUUAUAGCAUAGAGGUGACAUAACUUUAGGCUACACUAGGUAUGUAAGGGGUACAUGCACCACUUAUAGCAUAGUGGUGACAUAACUUUAGGCUACACUAGGUAUGUAAGGGGUACAUGCACCACUUAUAGCAUAGAGGUGACAUAACUUUAGCUACACUAGGUAUGUAAGGGGUACAUGCACCACUUAUAGCAUAGAGGUGACAACUUUUUAGCUACACAAGGUAUGUAAGGGGUCAAUGGCUGUGAUGUACUGACCAAUUCUAAACCAUUUUAGUUGUCAUGUGCAAUGACGUAGUGUUAGUUAUUUAAUGCUGUUUAAUAAUUCAUUUUUACCUCUAUUUUUGAUCUUGUCAACUUGAGUUUGUUAUAGAAAAUAUUGCUUGCCAUAAUGUAAACACAUUUUUAGUUCUUUUAACUCUAUGCUUAAUAUUUUUGGUAGGUUACCAUUUUUUAUACCAGAUUUUACCUGAAGUUAGCUUGAGUGGUUAAAAUUCAUUGAAGCACAUCCUCAAUGCAAACAAUCAUACCCAAGGCUUUGUUACAUAUUCUUUGAAUAUAAUUUAUUUUGUUUAACCUUUUGUUUGUCAAUAGAACUGAUCAACUGUCAUAAUGGGAGACAGUUGUCAGUCUAUAGUGACUGUCAUAAUGUAAGACAUGUGUCACUCUAGUAGUGACUGUCAUAAAGUAAGAAAGUUUGUGAGGCAGUGACUGUCAUAAAGUAAGAAAGUUUGUGAGGCAGUGACUGUCAUAAAGUAAGAAAGUUUGUGAGGCAGUUGUCAGCAGUGACUGUCAUAAAGUAAGAAAGUUUGUGAGACAGUUGUCAGCAGUGACUGUCAAAAAGUAAGAAAGUUUGUGAGACAGUUGUCAGCAGUGACUGUCAUAAAGUAAGAAAGUUUGUGAGACAGUUGUCAGCAGUGACUGUCAAAAAGUAAGAAAGUUUGUGCGACACUAUCAGCUCCUCAAUGUUUUUGCACAACCAUCUGUAUGACACAUUCUAACAAGAGUUUAUUCCUUCAUUUCAAAUUUGUGCUCAAACUGACUCUGUUUCAAAUUGAUGUAUUUUAACAGCAGUAUUUUUCUCAUUGAUUUUGUUCCAAUGUUUUUCCUGUAGUUCACAUAUGAGCAGGUGUCUUGCCAUGAUAAAGACACCAGUGUAUUGAACAAGUGUCCUAUGAAUACACUAAAGAUUGUCCCAUCUUUUAACCCAAAAGGUCUAGUCAAGAUCCUCUAGUAUUCAAGCUGGUUGCUGACUGCAGGGGGUGCACCCAUCCUCUCCCUCCCCCCCUCCCACCAGCAGGCAAGUGAUGCUCACUCUUGUCAGCAGGUCUUACAUUGAUGUUGCUGUGUCUGAGCUUAGUUAUGACAGGCAGGCAAGUAAUGAAGCCUUGGAAUCACAUUGUAUGCAAUGGGCUUCUGUGUACAAAUACUAGUAGCAAUGUUUUAAAGAUAGUUUAUUUCAUGUAACUUAUUGUAAUUGCAUGCACAAACUUGUAGAACUUCUUUGUACAAUCAUGUAUGCAUUUUAGCCUCAGCUUUUUUUCACUCUGUGAUGUACUCUCCACAUUGUUUGACUUGGACUAACAUUUUUUGGUCACAUUUCAUUAGUUGCUUCCUAAGUUUUUGUAGAUGUCAACUUUGUUACUUAGGCAUCCUAUUUGUAUGUCCUUGAUAUCUAACCUCUUCUACUUGUGUAUAAAGAUGGAGGGGUCAUAGACAGCUUAAAAUACCACUAGCUCGUGGUUGAAAGAAAACAGGUGUCAUGUAAAUAAGAUAAUUCAGAUUUAAAUCGGU